AUGUCUUUACCUAGUGUCAUCACUUCAGGAUUGUCGGAUGCUGAGCUCAUCACAGACAAGAACCGAUGGGCAGUAGACCAAAAUGACACCCUCAUCAAAGAACUCGAAACCAGCUUAAGCGAGAAUGCUCAAGUACUCACACCACAGCGUCCUGGCUACAAGCAGGCUAUCAUCAGAUGGAGUGAUGCCAUCGAGAAGACCGCAGGGGUCGUCGUCUACCCAAAGACUGCUGAAGAUGUUAAGGCAUGCCUUGCCUUUUCCCAACAGCACUCAAUUGAUUUUGUCGUUGCUGGUGGAAAACACUCGUCUAGUGGGGCAUCAUCUACCGACAACGGCCUAGUCAUUGAUAUGGCUAAAAUGCGGGAGGUCACCGUUUAUCCCGAAAGCAAGACGCUGCGUGUCCAAGGUGGCUGCAUCUGGAGAGAUGUUGAUGAAGCCGCCGCUGAGUACGGUCUGGCUAUGGUUGGUGGGACGGUCAAUCACACUGGUGUCGGUGGUCUGACUCUUGGUGGUGGUUACGGUUGGCUAUCAGGAGAACACGGUCUCACUGUUGACAAUCUUCUCGAAGCUGAAAUGGUUCUGGCUGACGGCAGCAUCAAAAAGUGUUCUGAGAAAGAAAACUCCGAUUUGUUCUGGGCUAUCCGUGGUGCUGGCCACUCGUUCGGUGUCGCCACCGAGUUCACUUUCCAAGGUGUAGAGCAAAAGGAGCCCAUCUGGGCUGGUGCUAUCGUCUUCAAUCCCGCUGAGACUUUGGAACCAGUCGUACAAGCCAUGAAUAACCUCAAGGCUACUAACGACCCGAAAGCAGGUGUCGCGAUGGCUCUAGGCCCACCUCCUUUCUUGCCAAGACCCGGUAUUGUCUGUACGUGCUUCUACAGAGGUCCACAGGAAAAAGCAGAAGAGGUCUUCGGUGAAUUUCUUGUCAUACCUGCCAUUAAGAAGGACUUGGGCAUGCGUCCAUACUGCACCAUGAACUCAAUGCUCAACAACGUCGCCGACUACGGCGGACGCAAGUGCACCAAGGGUGCCUCAGCCAUCUACCCUCUCUCGCCAAUCUUCGUCGCCAGCAUUCUUACCGAACUUGAACUUUUCCAAAAAUCGCUCCCUAACAACCAAGCCAGGAGAACCAUGGUGAACAUCGACAUGUACUCCACCGACAAGUGGUGUUCCGUGCCCCGAGACGCCAUGUCCUUCUACAAUCGCGGCGAUUAUCAAAACGUGAUCAUCGGCCCCUACUGGAUAGACGCCGAACACGACCAGACCGCCCGCGCCUGGGGACGCCACAUCCACUCGCGCUUCAGACUCGAGAUCGAUUGGCGAAAACAAACAUUCAACGACGCAGCUGCCUCCCAAGACAUCCGCGAGUACGGAAACUACGACGGCACAGGCGCCUCCUCGCAAACAAUCUUCGGAACGAACUACCCCCGCCUCGCCUCCCUCAAAGCACAGUACGACCCCUCGGACCGCUUCAACAAAGACUACGGUUUCGCCUCCGCCUCGCGCGCCGCCUCGGCCGUCUCCUCCCCCACCCCAUCCGCACCCUCCUCCAUCCCCGCAUCCUCCGAACCCGCCUCCCAGCGCUCCACUGCGCCCUCCUCUCCGAAAUCCGAAAACUCCAAUCCCGUCGAAAAGAUCGAGUCGCCGCCCACGUUCACAGAAUUCGACGCCGCAGCCACGGGCCUGGCGCCUGAGCAGGGGCAGGGCGACGAUUUCCUCGUCGAGAGGGCCGUGGAGCAGCAUGUGAGGUUUAAAGGGUAUAAUCCCUUGGUUGCGCAGGGGAGUGGGAAGGCUGUUGAGGCGGGGACGGAGGCCGGAGGGGCCGUGGUUGGUGUGGGCGAUGUUAGAGGUGCAAAGACGGGUAAGGUGCCGUCCGGGGUGCUGGGGGAGGAAAACGCCUUCGCUAAUGGGUCUCAGCAGGUGGGGUUUGAGGACCCGGCGGCCGUGUGGGUGGAAGGCGAUGAAGGGGGGAGGAGGAUGAGGAGGGUGUGGAUAGGGCGGUUGAGGAGGCGCUGA